AUUCCUUACACUCCCAUUUGCGACCUUUCCUAUGCCAAAUUGAUCGAAAAUCGAAACCAUCGUCCUCAAUAAUUCCUUUAUUAUUUUCUUAUUAUUAAAUUAAUUUUAUUUUUAUCAUUCACAACGCCAACAACUACUUUAGCAUUAUCAAUUUAUCAUCAUCCAACAACAAUAUCAUCAUAUUCAUUCUCCAUUGUUUCCUCUCUCUCUCUCUCUCUCUCUCCUCGUCAUUCGUCAACACUUGCCAACUAUUUAAGUUACCCAAAGAUGCUUCGUUUUCAUCAUAUCGUUAGAGUUUCUCUAUUUGCAUCCAAAGCUUCAACCUUUCCUCUUACCUCUGUUUCUCUUUCAACAUCAAUUCCCAAAAGAACUACCUUCGCACUUCGAUCACAAAUGACUUCUUUCUCUUCUUCUUCUUCCUCUUCCUCCUCAAAGCUCUUGUUUCGCCAGCUUUUCGAGAAGGAAUCGUCUACAUACACGUACCUUCUUGCUGAUGCAUCACACCCCGAUAAACCAGCGCUUUUGAUAGACCCUGUAGAUAGAACAGUGGAUAGAGACUUAUCCCUUAUCCAAGAGCUGGGAUUGAAGCUUGUGUAUGCCAUGAACACUCAUGUACAUGCUGAUCAUGUCACUGGGACUGGCCUUAUCAAGAGCAAAGUUCCGGGUGUAAAAUCUAUUAUUUCGAAAGCAAGUGGUGCAACGGCUGAUCUUUUUGUGGAACCAGGUGAUAAAGUCCAUUUUGGUGAUCUUUUUUUGGAGGUUCGAGCUACUCCUGGUCAUACCUUGGGUUGCGUUACCUAUGUUACAGGAGAUGCUUCUGAUCAACCUCAACCUAGGAUGGCAUUCACUGGAGAUGCCCUAUUAAUACGUGGAUGUGGAAGGACCGACUUUCAGGGUGGGAGUUCGGAGCAGCUUUACAAAUCAGUACAUUCACAGAUUUUUACACUGCCCAAGGAUACAUUUAUCUACCCAGCUCAUGACUACAAAGGAUUCAGUGUAAGCACUGUUGGAGAGGAGAUGCAGUACAAUCCACGGCUAACAAAGGAUGAGGAAACUUUCAAGAAUAUCAUGGCAAAUCUUAACCUUUCAUAUCCAAAAAUGAUCGAUGUUGCUGUCCCAGCUAAUUUGGUUUGUGGAGUUCAAUCCAAGGUGUGAACUUCUUUUAAGUAAGAAAUAUUUUUGUGUACUCAUUUUGACUCGUUUAUCAAGCUAAGUAAAUGAUUAUGUCAAAUGAGUCCCAUAUUAUGUCUCAUCCAAUAGUAGAGGGGUGUCUGUGUGAGCAAGAAGCAAGAAUGAGUACAAAUAACACACUCCAGCAACCAGUUAGUAAUGUAAUUUACCACGAAAAAGAAGUGUUAAUUGGAAUUUGAGUUGAACAGAAAAUGAAGAAUGUAAACUAAUAGUAAAAUAAUGAUUGUGGGCCUCAAUCUAAUAUAAAUAUAUACUUCAGUGAUUA